UCUCUUUAUAUAAACGCCCGCUCAACCGAAAACAUCAAAAUUGUUCAAGAUGUUGAAAUACGUAGUGAGUUUGUGCCUCAUCUCUUUCGUGCUUGUGCAAAGCCGACCAGCCGACAAAUAUACCACAAAGUACGACAAUAUUGAUCUGGAUGAAAUCCUCAAGAGCGACCGACUGAUCAAGAACUAUUUCAACUGCCUGAUGACUGGAAGGGGCUGCACCCCUGAUGGAUUAGAACUGAAAAGAAACCUUCCCGAUGCCCUGAAGAACAACUGUGCCAAGUGCAGUGAAAAGCAGAAGGAGGGCAGUAAGAAGAUCAUGCGGUUCAUGAUUAAGAACAAGAAAAGCCUGUGGGAAAAGGUUGAGAAGAAAUAUGAUCCCUCAGGAAGUUACAGGAAGAAGUACGAAGCUGAACUCAAGAAUAUUAAAUCCAACAAAUGAGCAUUAUAUGAAGAAUGAGAGCUAGAUAUAAGUCGUACCAAAUGUUUGUUUACCUUGAAUAAAAUGUUGAUAUCAUA